AUGUCAGCGAAAGAAGAACAGUUGCAAGAAAUCGAGGCACUCAAUUCCAUCUAUCCAGAUGAAAUUAUAGUACUAUCCGAGGAUCCGUUUCCUAAGUUUACACUCAUGGUGAAACCAACAACCAAUGAUGAAGACAGUUUGAAACCUUUUCUUCAACUGGAAAUAACUUUCCAUGAGAAUUAUCCUGAGCAAGCACCACAAAUAACAAUUAUUGACUCUGCCAAUGUUGACGAUACGUCCGCAUUCGAUAGCGAAAUUCAGAAAAUCUGCGAAGAAAAUCUCGGUAUGCCGGUGAUAUUUACAUUGGCUAGUGAUCUUUCUGAGCAAUUGAGUAUUCAAUCUGAAAAUCGACAAAUUCGUCAACGAGAAGCUCUCGAACGAAGACAACGUGAAGAAGAAGAAGCAGAACAUAAGCGAUUUGAAGGUACGCGUGUUACUGUCGAAUCAUUCAUUAAAUGGAAGGUGAAAUUCGAUGCUGAACAAAAUGAACUGAAAAAAACUGUUAAAGUUGAUGAAACUGAAUUGAAGAAAUUAACUGGCCGACAAUUAUUCGAAAAAGAUCGUUCACUCUAUGAUUCAGAUAUUCAGUUUAUCUCCAGUGAAGGUGGUGAAGUCGUUGAAGUCGAUGAAUCGUUAUUUGAAGACAUGCUUGAUUUAGAAUUAGAUGAUGCAGGCUCAACUGGUAUUGAUUUAUCUGACGUCAACGAAUAG